UACUUCCGAGGCAUCCAAGAAACAGAAAUUGUUCUUGAUGUCGUGGUGUCCCGACACGGCCAAGGUUAAGAAGAAGAUGUUGUACUCGAGUUCCUUUGACGCUUUGAAAAAGUCGCUGGUUGGUGUGCAAAAGUACAUACAGGCGACAGAUCUGUCGGAGGCCUCCGAAGAGGCUGUUGAGGAGAAGCUUCGAGCUACUGACAGGAAUUAGGAGUAUUCCAGCGAAUCCCAAAACCCACUAUUACGAGAUAAGAAAAAGAAAAUCAAGUGGAAUACAGUACAUCGCGAAUUAACUUCCCGGAAACAAAAAAAAACAAUGCUCUAUACUGUCGUUGCAUCGAGGGUUCACGUUUUUACACAUUUUUCACUUUUAAACGAGACCGAUUAUCAAGUAUUUUGCGCUACAUAUGUUUAGUCAUCAUGGGAGCGAUUAUUAGCAAAGGUAAACAGAAAGGAAAAAAAAAAGAAUCAACAAAGGGCCAAGAGUCCCUUUUCAUACCACGGACGUUGUGUGAAUCUGUCUGAUAUAAUAUUAAUAUUAUACUAUAUUAUUAUAUAAUUAUAAGAUAAUUGUACAAGAAUACAAAACAAUUUACAGUCAAGCAGUAAGAUCAGAAUUAUUAGAUUUUUUUCUCACUGGCUGUACAACAUUUAAA